AUGGAUUUGAAUGAGUUCCCCCCAGAAUUUGAUUAUGAUUUUCUAGAUGAAAGCAUUGCAAAUCCUUCCUACUGUACGCAGGCGCCCUUAUGUGAUGCGAGUUUGCGGGGCAGUGAGCAUAACAAUGCUGGCAAUGAUCUUUACAACCAGAAUGGCAACGACAAUCAAAAUGCUGAUGCUUGUUCUCUUAACAACCCAAAAGAUGCUACUGCUUCUGAUCAACUUGUGCCGGAUGUUACAGAAGAAGUGGAAGAGGAUAUUUGGUUAACGCCACCAAUACCUUAUGCAGGGCAGACAUUUUCCAGUAAGCAGGAAGCUAGGGAGUUUUACAAUUCUUAUGCAAAAAGGAUUGGCUUUUCUAUUCAUACUAGCUGUACACGCCUAUCAGGUGUGACAAGAGAGCAGAACAAGGUGCAGUUUGUUUGCAACAGAGAAGGGCGUGGGAGGAAACCAAAAGAGGACCAGGCAGCUGCUAAGUCUGAUGAUAGCAAUGUUGAUGAUAAUUGUGAAUCUGAUGAUGGCAAUGACAAUGCAGAAAAGAAGAAGCCGGACGGUGGUACAAAGAGAAAGAGGGAGAAGAUGUUACAUACAGACUGCAAAGGUAGGAUGGUUGUCAAGUUAAUUGCUAAUAAGUGGCAUGUAAUUUUCUUUGCACCAGAUCACAAUCAUGAUCUUGUUCAUAAGCCAUCGCUCAAAAAGUUCAUAAGGUCUCACAAGGGGAUACCUAAACCGGAGAAAGAUUUCAUUGCAUUGCUCCAUGGAUGCAACUUAAGUUCUGGUCGGAUAAUGCAACUAAUGAAUGAGUUCUAUGGUUCUGCGCAGCUAGUUCCAUAUGAGGGAAAAGAUGUUAGCAACUUCCGUUCCACGAUUCGAAGAACAGAAAAAUACAAAGAUAUGCAAGAAACCUUGGAUUACUUUAAGAAACUGGAGCAGCAAGAUGCUGAAUUCUUCUACAAAAUCAAGGUGGACGCUGCCCAUAAGGUUGAGUGCCUUUUUUGGGUUGAUGGUGCUGCAAGACAUGCCUACAUUGAGUCAUACAGCGAUUUGGUUUCUUUUGAUGCUACCUACAUGACGAACAUGUAUGAUAUGCCCUUUGCUCCAUUUAUUGGGAUAAAUAGGCACGAGCAAUCAUUCAUGUUGGGGUGUGCCUUCAUAAGAGAUGAGAAAAUACCUAGCUAUGUGUGGCUGUUUGAAACAUUCUUAGAAGCAAUGCAAGGAAAAGCCCCUGUGAGCAUUAUAACAGAUCAGGAUGCAGCAAUGAGGUGUGCGAUCGCCCAGAUAUUCCCCAAUACAAAUCAUAGGAAUUGUCGGUGGCAUAUGAUGGACAAAUUUUCUGGUACAAUAGGCCCUAUCCUAGCUGCGGAUGAGAAGCUAGAAGAAGACUUCAAGGAAUGCUUGAACUACACAGUUACUCCAGAUGAAUUUGAAUCUAAAUGGAGCGAAUGGUUCAAUUCAGUGCUGAAGAAGUAUGUAAAUCCAAACAUGUCGGUUCUGCACUUUGUUAGACAGUACCAAAACAUUCAGGACAAGUGCUUGGUUGCGCAGGAUGGGCAUGACUUCAGGACUGAUGAUAGGGAGAGGAGAAGGUGGUCUAAAUACCCUAUUGAGAAACACACAUCUGCUGUGUACACUAAGAAUUUGUUCUAUAGAUUUUCAAAAGAAUUUGAGAAAACCGCUGAGUAUGAUGUUAGGUCUGAGGGCCAGUUUCAGUAUUUGCUCGAGCCUAACAACAAAUUUGUCAAUGGCUAUGGCAAGAGGACAUAUAUCAUGACAGCUGUGGUGGAGGAAGAAAGCUACUACUGUGAGUGCAGCAAGUUUGAUAGGGAUGGGAUGUUUUGUUGCCAUAUAAUGAAGAUUUUGACAAGAUUAGGUGUGAAGACUAUACCUCAGCGGUACAUAUUGAAAAUGUGGACACAAGAAGCGAUUCCAGAAAAUGAGAAUGCUAAUCCUAAUGCACAUGUGCCUGCUGAUUUCAUAGCCCGUGGGAUGCCUCUGAACAACAAAAAGACCUUGUGGUUCACCAAUCUGUCUACAGCUUUCGUUGGUUUGGCGGUUGAGGGAUGUGCUUCAAAAGAGACCUACACUAUUAUGGACGGGCAUAUAAAGAUGAUGAGGGCUGAAAUAGAUGAAGUCAAGCAGAGGAAGAAAAGCAAUGCCCGGAAGGUGCGGGGCAGCAAACGUGCACCAUCUGUCUGUGUUUAUGGGGAUGAUAAUACAGCUAAUAUGACUAUUAUUGCUUCAGCUGAUACACAAUAUGUACCUGGUCUUAUAGUGCAGAAUGUUUUAUCAGAACAUGAUACUAAUGUAAAUGAGAACACUGCUUCAACAGGAGUUGAUGAUGCUGCCCUUGUUGGCAUCACCAAUGAUGUGGAUGGUUCUAGUGCAUUGAUGGCAGGUGUUGGGAACCCUCCAAGAUCGAAAGUCAAGGGCCGCAAGAAAGAGAAAAGCACGAUGAGGAAGUAG